AGUUGGUAAAUGACAGUUACAGAGAAACCAGGGACAGAAAAAACAUGUAGGGGAAUGAAUGAUGUGCUAGGCCCAGGAGAUGCUGAAACUGUGUAUUAAAGACGUCACAUCACACACCUUUGAGUAUUUAUCUGACAACUCUCCCCUCGCUUUGCUUCCCAUUUUCAGCAUGCUGGACAGCAGUAAUCAGCCUCACUGGAGCAAUGAGCUUGUGGGAGAACAGCUACAGCAGAAAGUCUCUCAGUUGCAGGAUCAGCUGGAUGCUGAGCUGGAGGAGAAGAGAAGAGUCUUACUUCAGCUGUCCAGAGAGAAAGAUCAAAACAAGAAUCUGUGUCUUAAAGUCACCCAUCUGCUUCAGAAGCAUAAGCAGGACGUAGAGAUCCUCCAAAGUCAAGACCUAAUUUCCCAGUCUCCUGACAGGCAGUCUGAACCAGCCACUCACCCAGCUCUAUUGCAAGAGACCACUCAGGUAGAGCCAUGUGAACCAGAAAACCAAGAAGAAAAGAAACUGUCCCAGCUGUUGAGUGAGUUGCAAGUGUCGCACGCAGAGACCACACUGGAACUAGAAAAGACCAGAGACAUGCUUAUUCUCCAGCGCAAAAUCAACGUGUGUUAUCAGGAGGAACUGGAGGCAAUGAUGACAAAAGCUGAUAAUGAAAAUAAAGAUCAUGAGGAAAAGCUGGAGAGGUUGAAUCAACUGCUAGACCUCAAGAACGAUCGUAUCAAUCAGCUGGAAGGUAUUUUGAGAAGCCAUGGCCUUCCAAUAUCCGAACAGCUCAAAGAUGUGGCUUAUGGCACCCGACAGUUGUCAUUAUGUCUGCAAACACUGCCAGCCCAUGGAGAUGAUGAUGAAGCAGACAUUUCUCUGCUGCAUCAGAGUGAGAAUCUUUUUGAACUGCACAUCCACCAAGCCUUUCUGAAGUCUGCUGCCCUGGAUCAGGCUGGAGACACUCAACCUACCACUUUCUGUACUUAUUCCUUCUAUGAUUUUGAAACCCAUUGUACCCCACUAGCUGUGGGGCCACAGCCCCUCUAUGACUUCACCUCCCAGUAUGUGGUAGAAACGGAUUCCCUUUUUUUGAACUACCUUCAUGGGGCUUCAGUCCGGCUUGAUCUACACCAGGCUGUAGCCAGUGAGCACCACACGCUUGCAGCUGGAUGGAUUUACUUUGAGAGGGUGCUGGAGACUGUGGAGAGGGUCCAUGGCUGUACCAUACUUACUGGAGCUGGUGGAGAAGACUUCGGGGUGCUAGAAUACUGGAUGAGGCUGCGCUUCCCCAUAGGAUCCAGCCUACAGGCAUGCAAUAAGCGAAAGAAGGCUCAGGCCUACCUGUCAGCCAAUGUGCUUGGUGCCUUGGAGGCCCAGGAAGAUAAGUCCAGAUUGGAGACCUGGAAGCAUCAGAAUGAGCUGCGGGUGGAAAUCAUCAGAUGCUAUGGCCUCCGGAGUCGGCGGCUGGGAACCCAGCCCAGUCCAUACGUCAUGUACCGCUUCUUCACCUUCUCUGACCACGACACUGCCAUCAUUCCAGCCAGUAACAAUCCGCACUUUAGAGACCAGGCUCGAUUCCCAGUGCUUGUGACCUCUGACCUGGAUAAAUAUCUGAGGCGGGAGGCCCUGUCUGUCUACGUUUUUGAUGAUGAAGAUGCAGAGCCUGGCUCGUACCUUGGCCAAGUCCAAGUGCCCUUGCUUCCUCUCGCACAAAACAAAUCCAUUAAAGGUGAUUUUAACCUCACAGACCCUGCGGGGAACCCCAAUGGAUUUGUUGAGAUGCAAUUGGACUGGAAAUCUUUCUACCUACCCCCAGAGAGCUUCCUGAAACCAGAAACUCAGCCGGAGGAGAAUACCACGAAGGACAGUUUAGAGAUCUCAUCUGAAGAGGAAAAGGCUUCCUUUCUCCCCCAGGACCUGAUGGCAUUUGGUGAGAUUCCCAUUGAAGCUGGCCAGUAUCAAGCUAAAAGAAAACCUCCACAGGUGGGAGAAAGAAAGGAAAGGGAACACCAGGUUGCAAGCUACUCAAGAAGAAAACAUGGCAAAAGAACAAGCAUCCAAGGAAAGAACAGAAUGGAGUAUCUUAGUCAUAACAUCUUAACUGGAAAUACACUACAACAGGUGAAGUACACUGAAUGGAAGUUCUCAGGGCUCAAGAGCUCCAUAGAUGAUGGUUUGAAAAAUCAGCAAAAGGAAGAGAAAAUUACAUCAUCCCAUUCAGUACCAAUCCAGAAAGAAGCCCUGAAUCCUGUAAAUGAUAAAGAAUCCUGUGAACAAGCUUCUGAAGUCAGUGAAGCACAGACUACAGAUAGUGAUGACAUAGUGACACCAGUAUCUCAGAAAUGUCCUAAGGCGAGGUCAGAGAAGAUGUGCAUCGAAAUUGUCUCCCUGGCCUUCUACCCAGAGGCCGAAGUGAUGAGUGAUGAAAAUGUAAAACAGGUGUAUGUAGAGUACAAGUUCUACGACCUCCCCUUGUCAGAGACGGAGACUCCAGUAUCCCUGAGGAAACCGAGGGCAGGAGAAGAGAUCCACUUCCACUUCAGCAAAGUGAUAGACCUGGACCCACUGGAGCAAAAAGGCCGAAGGCAAUUUCUGUUCACCAUGCUGAAUGCACAAGAUCCCGAACAAAGACAUUUAAAGUUUACAGUGGUAAGCGAUCCUAUGGACGAGGAGAAGAAAGAAUGUCAAGAAGUGGGAUAUGCGUUUCUGGAACUGUGGCAGAUCAUGGAGUCGGGAAGAGACCUUGUAGAGCAAGAGCUAGACAUUGUCAGCCCUGAAGAUCAGGCCACCCGGAUAGGAAGGCUGAAGGUGUCCCUUCAAGCUGCCGCCGCCCUCGACGCCAUUUACAAGGAGAUGACAGAAGUUACACUUUCGUGAUGGAGCAAGUACUAUUCCGUUCUAAACUCUCUGAGGGAACCGCAGUAAAAAGUCUCUUAUAAAGUAACUUGCUAUGCCGUGAA